UGGCGGGAAAACAUCACAGAAAGCCGACAUUCAAAAAGGAACCUCGAGCUCACUCACAUUCUUUGUGAUUGACUGCGUGUCAGCGGCUUUGUUACUCCAGAUAUCACACUGGCCGCCACCUAUCGGGGACAUUCAUUUAUUUUCCACUCACGACCCACUACAUUACUAUGCCGUGUGGCAAAUUUAACUUCUUAUUCUCUUCUGUGUUAUCUCCAUUGCAAUCAUUUGCAAAAUCGUGGGCCAUCAGUCACCAAUACAGGAUCUCGGGGCAGGGAGUAACGGACGCGCUCAUUGGCCGGGAGCGCCGUCCACACGGGCCUGUUUAAUAAUAGAACCAAUGGCGGCGCUCCGUGGCGGCGGGUGGAUUUACCUCCCCACCCACCACUGCGCACUCACUAAUUAUUACACUAUUUCCUACCAGGCCUUGUCCAACAUUAAACAUUGCAUUUCUUAUCAUCAAAAAUAGAAAAUAAAAUAAGUACCACCUCACAAAGGGAAUAUAUGAGAGAGAAAGAAAAAAAGGGGGCCAAGGUUUGGGAGAGGAACAGCAGCAGCAGCAGGAUGUAAACAAAACAUUGGAACAGCUGAGCCUGAGCCACCAGCUACACUGCUACUCCUCCUCCUGCUCCGCCACAAACCACAACUACCACCACUCCCACACUCGUGCAUUGUCCUUCCUUACCCUCACAGUGAAGGAAGCCACCAUGAACGCCCAGGUCAAGCCGUUCAGGGAGAGGAGGAGUUUUGCCCAGAGACAGCGUGAUGUGGAGCAGAUCCGUGAGCAACAUCCCAACAAAGUGCCGGUGAUCAUUGAGCGUUACCCCGGUGAGCGCCACCUGCCACUGCUGGACAAGACAAAGUUCCUGGUGCCAGACCACGUCACAAUGGGAGAGCUUGUCAAGAUCAUCAGGCGCCGCCUCCAGCUGCACCCCACUCAGGCCUUCUUCCUGCUUAUCAACCAGCGCUCUCUGGCCAACGUGUCCAGCACCCUGGCCCAGGUCUAUGAGCACCACCACCAUGAGGAUGGCUUCCUGUACAUGGUGUAUGCAUCCCAGGAGGUGUUUGGAUAAUGUAAUCCACCACUGCCCUGCCCCUCCCUGUUCCACCCUGCUUUGCUGAGGACCUCUGUGGAGCAGUGGCCUGGCUGGGGCAUCCUCCUGUGCCACCCCCGUUGGUCCUCUGGGGAGUCAUGGCUGCCUGGCACUGGAGUCAGGCAAGAUGUGUCUGAGCCUAAGACUGAGUUAGAUAUUUCUUGAGAAUCCUGUGGUAGAACUAGAAACUUUACUGAUAUUUCAAAUGUACACAAUCAAAAUUUAAGAUACAGCCUUUUUUUCUAAUUUCAGUUAUUAUGUUUAAGAUUUGCCCAAGCUUAUACUUUUGAAUUAUGUCUCCUCUGUACCUUUAUCAUUUUCUUAUUGUUUUGGACUUCAUACAUUUAAAAAUGUAAUAUCUGGGCUGUUAUUCAUGAAGGUAGAGGUUUCUUAACAGCAGAAAAAUGUGACAGCACCAUCUUUCUGCUGCAGGAGUCUCAGCAAGCUUGUAGGAAUUUGUACACUUGAAGGACACACUAGUUCGACUCAUCAUGGCUGUCAUAACUAUUUCAUUGGAUUCAUGACUGCAUUUUUUCAGCUGCUGUCUUCAUUUCAUGUAAGGUACUUUGACAUAAUUGGCCUAGUCUCUUCAUUGUAUGUAGUAAUAGUAUUGAGAUAGUUACAGAAGGUUAAUCUUUUCUUUUUAGUAGUCUUGUAUUUAUUGUUUGUUACUAGGGAGAUGUGGAGGAACUUUGAUAGGAAUGUGUAAAGUUAUUGAUCAAGUUGUUUCUCUUGGUUGCCUUCCAAACAGCCCCAUCUGCUUCAUACGGGUCAUAGCUUUGCAUCAAGAGGAAUUUACGUGUGCAAAAUUUACAUCAUGACUCAGCCAAGUUUAGGAACCACAUCUCAGAGUAGCUUUGCAAGAUUCUAGAUGCAAGGAAAUAGGAUGUGCAGGACUCCCAGGGAAUCAGGGCGGCACAUGGCAGAGAUAUUAUUAGGUAUCCUUUUAUUAUUCACAGGAUCAGCAUACAACAUUAUGUAAUAUAAGCCUCAUUUUCCCAUAAGGUGUCUGAGGAAGGUGUCAGUAGAGUAGUCUGUGUAACCAGCGUGGUGGGCAGCAAAGGACGCUGUGUCCCGCCACCAGCAUAUGCUAUGUUUAAGGAGCAUCACGUAGUGAGGCAGGGCAGCUGGCAGUCUGUUCCAUAUAUAACUAUGGUGUCUGCCUUGUCUCUUUUUAAAGUAAUAUAAUGGACUCUGUGUGUGCAAGUUACUAUUCCAAAACUAUUUUAUUACUUAUAAUGAAAUUGUUUGAUAAACUUUUCCCUCUAGUUACCAAGUGAUUUAGACUUCUUUUGUAUUAUACUAGGAACUCAAAAAAAAUUCCUAUGAAUUCUUGUACUUAGUAUAUAAUGGUUUUAUGGUUUACUGCAAUAUCAAAUUGUUCUUAGAAAAUGUGCGUGUGUCAAUUUGGGCAUUUUGACAGUGAAGACAUUGAAUCAAUGGUGUAUGAACCCCGAAUUAUGAGUUAGAUGGUAGCCAAGCACUGUACAGUUGUUGUAGUGGGGAGUCAUCUCAGCAGGGGUCGUGUUUUGUUUGGUGUCAUGUUGGGGUCAUGCAAAGCAGGCUUUGUUGUGUUCAGUUUGUCAUGUUUGCCUUGUAGUGCAGGCAGGACUUGCAGCCCAGACCAGACCAGUCUUACUCAUGUAGUGAGCACUGCUGCUGCUGCUGCACACUGCUGGCUCUGUUUGGAUUGAAUUCUCAGUCACCAAACAUCCAACACUAAUUGAAUUGUAUUUCGAGUAUUAUUAUUAAUUUCUUGCAACCAGUAAAAAACAAUGUUGUGUUUGUAUUUAUGUUCAUCAGUGUGAUGAUCUAACAUCAGCUUAUAACCUGGCAGACUUUUAAAGUAAGCUUUGCAUAUUCUUAUAAGGUUGACUGCUUGGUGUUGUAGCCAGCUUGUAGCAACGAACACCUGACCUGUUAGAUAUCAGGUGGCUCCCACAUUACCAUCAUUGGAUUCUGAACAGCAAGACUUUUGAAGAACUUAGCAGUGUCUUGAGCUCACCCAAGCAUUUUAAAGAACUCUGCAGUGUGUUGAGCUCAGCCAAGCAGGACGUCUGGUGUUGUCAGCACAGUACAAGUAGUAGUAGGGCAGUGCAGCACUAUCAUGUAUAUGUGUGUGUGUAUACUUUGAUACAUCCACUUGGAAAAUAGUCUACUACUAUUGAUAGAACUUGUUCUAACUCAGAACUACAUGUAUUCUUAGCAUUGAGCCUUUACAUGCAUAUUUUUAGCUUAUGUCAUAGUGCAGAAUGGCCAUAAGUUAUUACUACACCUGAUAUCAGAACGUCAUCAAAGUCUGAACCUCGAGGAGUGACCGAGAGGCAGCACCAUUCCACUAGGACUGCCAGGAUUUAUGCAUCAUGGAAGGUGCAUUUUCAGUACUCAAACUUUUCAUUCUCCAUUUUGAGUAACAUACAGUAAAAGUUUAAGUUAAGGCUCAUUAUAUUCCAUAUGCUUCAGGAGUUUGUGGCAAGUUUCUGUAUAUGUAGCUUUAGUCAUGUACCUGCCCACCUUGUUCUGGGAGGGACUGCAGUGUGGUGGUGAUGUAGUGCAGUGCAAUAAUGUAGACAUGCUGGGAGUGCUUCCACUUCCCCCACCAACCUCUAAGUAACUUUAAGAAGGAUGAUCAGAAAUCCCUCAUGUUAAAACUCAGUGUGCUCCUCUUCCAGAAUGAUAAAAGUCAGGAAGGAACGGAUGUGUGGCCUUCACACCACUUGUAAUGACAGUAGCUCUUCAGAUAGUUACAAGUUGCCCAGAAAUAUUUCUAAUCUAACCAUCAUUUUAAUAAUAUCUUGACAAUGAUUUACUAGCCAGGUUUGCUGCUGUCAAAUUCUUACCAUUUCUAUGACUGCUCUUUGUGGAGUCACCAGUCACUGCCACACAGAUUCCUAUCAUAGUGAGGAGUGAAUGUACGGAACAAAUAUUUACAUCUCUUGGAACUUCUUUACAUAUUAUUUGUUUGAUAUGGAUGGUGGGUGAGCAGGAGGUGUCUUUAGUUCACCUACAAUUGACAAAUAAGUUUUCUAAUUAGAUAUCCUGAAGCAGUGGUUGUUGGGGCAGAGGUGACUUGCCUGUCUAGUCUUAAGGAAAUUGUUCAUUGAGCUGGUGAAGCAGUCUUUGGAUCUCAAGACUAUAAGAGUACUGUCUGUCUGGAUGUAUAUUUGGCUGAUCUAAUGUAGGAAAAAUAUCAUGACUAACAGAAAACUGAAAUGUUUGACUGUUGGAUUUGUAUUGAUAGCUAAGUUAUAAAUUGAAUGGAUUUUCCUAGUGUAAAUUACCAUACUAGAAGUGUUUAUUUGGGCUUUCAUAUUCAGUGUUAAGAAAACUUUGCUGUAUAUAUAAUCCCAUUAUCCCAUCCCUUCUACAGAAAUAUAUGUUUUUAUACAUUACA